AGCAUUUUCACUCAAGCAGCUGCUGAAGUUAAGCUUUGUGAAGAAUUAGUUCUGAUCUGUUUUUGAGUGCCGGAGUUGAGGAAAAUGGAGAGAAGAUAUUUGUUUGCUUGAUUCCACAUGACAACUCCAGGGUAACUGAAUAGACUGUACGGUUGGUUUGACAAGGCUGUGCACCGAGCCAGCAGCCGCGCAUACCAGAGUCAGGGGGAUGGAAGGGGGACUGACAACUGUAAUGGAUUUUAUCAGAAUUUCUCUAAAGAGCGACAAUUUGCCUUCAAUUAUUAAUGUUUUUCAGAGCUUUCUCUUCUGAGAGCGUCUUUCAUCAAAGGCAUCCAAAGCACUUCAUACAAUCCAGUGUAUUACGUAUGGCAACAUGUCUGCGAGACUGGGGCCAAGAAAGUUUUGAAAUGUGCCCCAGAUUUAUUCUUCAUGUUAAGUUGAGCACAGUUCCCCAGGAUUGUUUGCGUUCCGUCCUCAUCUGAGUCGUUCAUGCCCAUGGUGCAUGCGGAGGUCUGGCUGAGUGGCAGCGAAUGCAGCCAUGCAUCAUCUCUUUGGGCUGGUUUUGGCACAGAAGGACCUUUCACGCGCAGGGGAUCUCUUCUCCUUAGAGGAUGCUGAAAUUGAAGGAAGCCUCUCAGAAGCUCUUGAACAAAUAAGAAUAAUUAGUUCAUCUGCGGACUAUCAGACCAAUGACAAUGACCAGGCUGUGGUGGAAAUCUGCGUCACUCGCAUCACCACUGCCAUCAGGGAGACGGCAUCCAUAGAGAAGCACGGGAAAGCCCUGGUGGCACUCUGGGAGUCGUGUCUAGAGCACAACCUGAAGCCAUCCGGAAAAGACGAGGACACACCACAUGCAAAAAUUGCAUCGGAUAUCAUGAGCUGUAUCUUGCAGAAUUACAAUCGACCUCCAGUAAUGGCCUUAGCUGUCCCAGUGGCGGUGAAAUUUCUUCAGAGGGGCAAUAAGGAACUGUGCAGAAAUAUGUCAAGUUAUCUGUCCUUGGCUGCAAUCGCUAAAGCGGAUCUGCUGGCUGAUCACACAGACACCAUUGUCAAAAGUGUCCUUCAAGGGAACUCGAUGCUGCUGCGUGUCCUGCCUGCUCUGUAUGAGAAGCAACCGCAGCCAAUAAACCCCCAUCUGAGGGAGCUGGUGGCACUGAUGGCUCAGCUGGAUCAAGCCGAACAACACCACCUCCUCAGGCUCUUCCAGAUUGUGGCUAGGAAGAAAGAACUGGGGGUGCUGAAAGAGUGUAUUCCGUUUCUAUUUGGACACUUGAGAGACCCUAACCAUAGUGACAUUAUUCUAACCAUACUUACAGAAAUAGCAGGCUAUGAACCAACAGCCUUAGCCACUUUUCUUCCGAUGCUGAAAGAAAUUGGUGAGAAUUUUCCGAGUUUGAUUGGGCAAACAGCAAAGAUCUUUGGAGCUGUUGGACGUAUUGAUGAGGAGCAAGCCAGAAUAUGCCUGAUGUAUCUGGUGAACCAGCUGGCCAACAUGGAGCACUCCUUUCACCAUAUUCUUUUGCUGGAAAUUAAGAGUCUCACUGACACCUUCUCGAGCAUCUUGGGCACCCAGAGCAGAGAUAUCUACCGCAUGAGCAACAGUUUCACUGCCAUAGCCAAGCUCCUUGUCCGACAGCUAGAGAACGACAACAUAUCAGGAGCCAGGAUGGAAAAUGAUACUGAAACAGAAUCUCCUGUACCACUGGACGAUUUAAAAUCUGUGAUGAAUGGGAAUGAAGAAGAUGAAAAGCUUCAAGUUAAAAUACAGGCUUUUGAAGAGAAAAUAAAUGUCGACAACAGUACUCCUGGCUCAGUGCGGAGAUACAGUUUAGGCCAGGUUUCUAAAGAAGAAAGGAAGGAUAUGAGAUUUAACAGGUCCAAAAGCCUCGCUUUGCAUGCAGUCCGCAUGAAGGAGGUAAACUCAGAGAGUGGACAGGAUGAGGAGAACGGGGAGAUAACUGCUGGCAUCUCCUUCACCGAGAUCUACAUUAGCCAAGAAAAUGACAAAUUGCCUUUUACUGUUGAUAGUGAAGCAAUGCAACUGGGAAAUUCUUUGGUUUCUCACCAAAGUAUCGAUUACACAGAAUCAGCAACUUUGCCAGAAUCUGCUAAAGAAAAGGCCCUCGAGGGAAGCGCAGAGGCAGUGACGAGCCCCAUGGAAUACCAGGACAAGCUCUACUUGCACUUGAAGGAAAACCUGGGUAAAGUGAAAGCAUAUGUCAUGGAGAUGGGGAGGAAAAUUCCUGUCCCCGAUCAGUGUGUUAUUGAAGAUACUGUUAGAAGUUGUGUAGCAAAGCUCUUCUUCAGCUGUCCCCUGAAGGGCCAUUACUGCUUGUACAGUAAAUCCAGCUUUACCCUCAUCAGCCAGCAGCCUCCGCUGUGGAUCCAUAUCAUGUUCCUCUUUCAGCAGAGCUUGUUUGCAGAACCUUUGUCCAUACAGAGUAAUUCUGUGCAAGUCCUUAAGGCCCUGUGGGAGAAGACACAGCUCAAAGGGACGCACAGUUUUGAAACUGCCAUGAUCCAGUCUACAUUUCCACACCAAAAGGACCUGGACCAUGUGCAGAUGCACCUGGAAGAAGUGAGGUUCUUUGAUUUAUUCGGCUACAGCGAGGAAGCUGGAACUUGGCAGUGCUUCAUGUGCAAUAACCCUGAAAAGGCAACAGUUGUAAAUCAGGACGGCCAACCGCUGAUUGAAGGCAAGCUUAAAGAGAAGCAAGUCCGCUGGAAGUUUAUCAAAAGGUGGAAAACUCGCUACUUCACUCUGGCUGGCAACCAGCUGCUUUUUCGGAAAGGAAAAUCCAAAGAUGACCCCGACGACUGCCCCAUUGAGCUCAGCAAGGUGCAGAGCGUUAAAGUGGUGGCAAAGAAGCGCAGGGACCGCAGCCUGCCCCGGGCCUUUGAGAUCUUCACCGACAGCAAGACCUAUGUUUUCAAGGCCAAAGACGAGAAGAACGCUGAGGAGUGGCUUCAAUGCAUCAACGUCGCUGUUGCGCAGGCUAAAGAGCGGGAGAGCCGCGAGGCCACCACGUACUUGUAGAGCUGCUGACACCUCCGUGGCCAUGCCAGCAAACCAAAUGUGUCUGGGAUCGUUCCGACGCAGAGGUCCAUACCGUGGACCUCUUACCUCCAAAAUCGGGCCAUGGAAAACUGUGGGGGAGACCACCUGUUGGCAGGGGCCAGGGAGAGCUUUGUGCAGCAUGAGAGGUCUAAGGCAUCAAUGACCUACCAGGUGAUGGAGCGCCACCAUGCAGGGGCGCUCCCUGCACCGGGACGUUUGCUGGUGUAGAAGCAGCUUCCACGUCCACGUGUGAAAUGCAGUUUUUUUUCUUCAGCCUAAUGGCCUGUAAGCCAGGAGAGGUGCUUAGAAACAAGCCUGGACCCCAGCCCCUCAGCCUUUGCUUCUGGGAUGCAGGGGGUCGCGGUGGCUUUAGACACUGCUGAGAUCAUUUGAGCACAUAAGGGCUUUCUGCUUUUCUCAAUCACUCUUUGUCUGUAAAAAGAUAAUUUUCCUACUUAUUUAAUCUCGGUGUACUUUAUCCUUUUACUGUUUAUAUAUGUCUGUGGAAAAAAUCAAAUUUGGGGUUUAAAAUUGAGCAAUUGUAAAGAUUUAAUACUGCUGAAAAAUAAUUUUAAAUAUUUAAUUGAUUUGACUUUCACUCUUUUUUCUGCUUUUUCUCUCCUUCAUAACGGAAUGUAAUUUUAAAAAUUUAUUUUCCUUUCUUUUUUAAAGUGUCUUCUCUGUUCUUCAACUUUUCAAAAUUUCUCCAAAACUCUGAAAUUCCCAGUUUGUUUGAUUUUCUUUGUCACUCAAAAGAUUCCAAAGUGGAGGAAGUACUGUAGAAAAGACUGAAAGCAAAAAAGGAAAAGAGCGGGGGGGGAAAUGAAUGAGAGAAGUCUGUGGGUGAUCUCAGAGAUCAUUCAAGGCUGAGUAGAAAUAAAAUUUGACAUUUUCCAGCCUAGAAAAAUGUAUCUUUUGCAAAAAAAACCAAAAAAAAGUUAUUGUGAAAAAGGGAGAGUUAAGAUGGGGGGGGGGGAUUAAUUGUAAUGCUUUUUACUGUAAUAUGUGUCUUCCACUCAGUAGCAGAAGGAGCCCACAGCUUUUCUGGAAGUUCCUCACAGAGCAUGGCAAUACAAUCUGCUGUCUGAAGUAGUCUCUUGCCCACUUUCGGUUGUGUUUGCUGGGUGAGUUUGGGCUUUGGCUUUGCGGCCAGGAGGGCAGCAGGGGCUGGUGAGGGCCCCUGUGACGGCGGGGACCUGCCAGGGGUCAUCAAAAGCACUGGGGGAACAGGGAGCAAGAGGAAUGACCUGGGAAAUAAAUUCGGGUUCAAGCCUAUUGAGUGAAGCUCGUGCUGGUGCUGCCGAAUGAAGCCUGUUCUCAGCGGUCACCACGAGCCUUGUGUCCCAUACCACUGGGGUGCAGCUUGAAUGACGGCAUCCCUCUGAAUUUACAGCCUGGUUCUUCCACCAUCCUAAAUGUUCCCAACUCUCUUGAUUUCACUGGGGCUGCUGGUCAGCCGCUCUGAAAAUGGGUACCAGGCCAGCUCAGAAAGGUUCAUCUGCCUGCGUUGAACUUCUCUCGCUUUAGGAAAACCACAACAGCGGCUGGAGCAGGGAUGCUCGGCCACCGCCAGGGAGCCCAGCCGUGGGCAGGUGAGCUCCCUUCCCGUGCAGCGUGCACGGGGAGGAGAAGACAGGCAUGCAGCUGAGCAAGGGCUGGAAGAGGUAUGGAGAGGAGAGGGAUAUGAGAGAUUGAACUCGAUGGUUUGGUGCUUGAUGGGGGCGUUCAGCCGGGUUUAUGGCUCGAAGCUUGGAGUCUUGUAGCAUGCCGUGUAAAUAUUUAGCUUUGGAGUUUGAUAAGUUGCGAGCACUGAGUGCUGCUGGUAUUUGUCUCUCCAGCCUGCCAGAGCUCUGUAAUUUGUUACAUUGACAGGUAAGAUGCUAACAUUUGGUAGUGAGCAUUUACUCAAAUUAGAACAAGAGAAAAUUAGUUUCUGGUACCAUAGGAGUGCCUGAGUUCUGCUGCCAGGUCAGCGCUAAGGGCUGCCUGGUCCCUCGCAUCUGGUGGCCCCAGAGAGGUAUUUCUCAACCUUAUCCAUCAAAGCACUAUCAAACCUUUUGGGAAGAAACGCCACAGACCUCAUAGUGAUACCAGUGCUAUGAAUUUACAUUUACAGUGAAAUGACAAUUAGGCUGAACUUUAAAAGGCUGUUUGCUAUUUCUGUGUCCCCCUUUUUAGUUACCUGCAUUCGUGGGGAUGUCUGUGUUUCUUUGCUUGUUUUUCUUCCCUCAUUAUUUUUAAUGCCCUCUGCUCUGCUCUGGUGAGACCCCCCUGCAGUGCUGCGUCCAACUCUGGGGCCCCCAACAUAAGGACACGAACCUGUUGGAGCGAGUCCAGAGGAGGCCAUGAAGAUGGUCAGAGGCUGGAGCCCCUCUGCUGUGAGGACAGGCUGAGAGAGUUGGGAGGGUUCAGCCUGGAAAAGAGAAGGCUCCGGGGAGACCUUAGAGCCCCUUCCGGUAUUUAAAGGGGGCUUAUAAGAAAGAUGGGGACAAACUUUUCGGCAGGGCCUGUUGCAAUAGGACAAGGAGUAAUAGUUUUAAACUAAAAGAGGGACAACUUAGGCUAGAUAUAAGGAAGAAAUUUUUUACAAUCAGUGUGAUGAAACCAUGGCCCAGGUUGCCCAGAGAGGUGGUAGAUGUCCCGUCCCUGGAAACGUUCAAGGUCAGGUUGGAUGGGGCUCUGAGCAACCUGAUCUAGUUAAAGAUGUCCCUGUCCAUGGCAGGGGGGUUGGACUAGAUGGCCUUUAAAGGUCCCUUCCAACCCAAAUGAUUCUAUGAUUCUAUGAAUCAUUUCCCAGACCCGAUGAUGAUGUUUAUGGAGGCCCUGGGGGACAGCGGUGCACCAGGGAACUGGCAGAACAACGCUAAGACCUUGUGCGCUGUGGCUCUGCUGUAGCCACGCGUGGGCAGGGUGCAAAGAUUGCAGGGUGGGAAACAAAAGCAAAGCUCAACACUGCUUGGGGGCAGGAUUAAUCUGAGGUGACCAGGCUCUGAUGGUGAACUUCUGGUGGAAGGAAUGAUGUCACCAAGGCAGUGUGCCACCAUGCUUCGCACCUGUAGCCCUGAUAUCACCUUUCCAAACCAUCCCUCCAGCCUGGAGACGUCCUUGUCCCUGACCUAUGCCGCCCCACUGUCCUCCUCUUCCUCCUCAGCCAUUGAGCACCAGCUGGGCUAAUCCCAAAUCAUGUCUUUUCCAAGUCUCCGUGUUUUCCCCAAAUCCUCUUUGAGAUAGUGAAACAAAACUGGUAAUUCCUUCCUUAUGCUCUGGCGCUCCUUCCCUGACUCCUGUGGGAGUUCGUGUAUGUUUGUUUUGCUUUGCUUUGAGGGUCUCCAGUAUUUCCUGAGACCUGGUUCCUCCCAGCGCUGAUGGGCUGGAGCCCUCCUCCAGCCCCGGGGACAUCCUGCCCUGGGGGCCUCUGCAGCGUGUCUCCGCCAGCGCUCCAGCCAGGGCUCCUAACGCAUGUUGAACAACUGACCUGGCACCCGUGCCCUGGGAGGUCAGGAAGCCCUGGUCUGAAAAGACAAUAUUUUAUUUCCAACAUUCCCAUGCUGACUGGAGAAGGAAGUGCCAAUAGAUCACACCAAUCGGCCAGCAGCUGAGAACAAAGCGGUUGCUGAAGCAUUCCUGGAUGAUGGAAAAUCAGGGAGAGCUUUAAAGCUGGCUAUAGGUUUGUAGAUCUAAAAGAUAAAUUUGCAUUGACGCUAACGAUGUCAGAGGGGAAAGAGAAGACCUCUGUCAAUGGCCCGUGCAAUGCCUUAACCAGCUCCAGACUUCCCAAUGCUCUCGGCACUCCAGAGAGGACGCUGAAAUGUUAAAAUUCCUGAAAAUUCUUGUAACAACUAAAAUGUGGAGACGAGUGUUGGAUCAGAGAAUGUAGCAAAGUGAUCAGGACAACUUUGUUAAAGCUAAAUUUAGAUACAGAAAAUAUGGAAAGGCCAUCUGGGACCAGUCUAUCCAAGGAAGUCUAUGGACACCUGUGUAGGUCACCUGGCUGGGCAGAGUCUGGCUCCCCGGUACCGAUCUCUGUCCCGCUCCCUGUCAUUUACAUGGAAUCAGGCAAAGCAUGCUUUGUGCCAAUAAUACAAUAUUGUAAUACUUAGAACGCCUGUUACCCUUCAUGCCUCUAAAGCACGUGAAGUCAAAUCCAAGCCUGAUGCUGAAGACCAAAAGGGUUUUUUUGGGGGGAACAUGCACCCUUUUCACCUCUAACUCUUUAUUUACUGUUAUCUCAGUGAUACGGGACAGUUUGUUUGGGGUUGCUGACGCACAGAGUACGAAGCAGGCUUGAUGCAGACAGCCCGCUCUCCAGGACAUCGUACAGCACGUAGGGAGUGGGGAAGAAGUCUACGGUAAAUUGCGUAUCAUGUCCAUACAAAUAGUGCAGGUCUGCAGAUGGACGGCCGCCACCUCUGCUGCUGCUGGAUGGAAGUGAAGCCGUGGAGCCAAACCUCGAUUUAAAGGCAGCAGCGCAAGGGACACACCAUUGAGUCUAAUGGGAAUGAAAUUAAUUCAUAGGUGUGGACUCGUGGAUUUAUGGUCUUAAGUUCCAGAAUUACAUCCUUUACUAAACACUGAAUUCACCCACCGAGGCACGCUGCUGGAGUUCAGUGAUGCAGGUACGGGGAUGUGCAAACCGGGGCUGAGCAUCCACUUCGCCGUCAAGUGAUUUCCAGGAACCACCCCAGCCCCUCGCAAAGGCACUGCGGGAGCUCCCCACGGCCCCGGCGGAGGGUCCCGGGGCAACCGAGUGUGUGUGACGGCGCUUGCGGAAAAGGGGAUGCAAACAUCCUCCUCGGCUGCAGCGCGGGACUCUGCCGAGCGUCCCCUCCUCUCUGCCAGGGAACAGCCUGCCUCUGUCCUGCACAGCUUUCGGUACGGAAGAUGUCGUUGUCCCUCUGUUGGGGGGGUGAGCUCACCUUUGCUGAAGAACCCUGUUAUUCGGCCAGUGUUUGGGAGAGGAAAGGAGCCUCACUCCUAUGGAGAGGGGGACAAGUCCCAACCCCGGCCGUGUGGGACACUACACCCAGCUGCUGCAUCAGGUACUGCGCUCCCUCCUGCUCCCCAGGGGCAGCGAAAGUGCCAUUUCCACCCGGUCUGUGAGACCAGGCAAGCUCUGGGGGCGUCCUGGCUGCGAUGCUGGGGCUCAGCCAGCCGGUCCCCCCGUUAUGGUGAGGCAUCGCCUCCCAGAGCCAUGGCACAAGGUGGCCCGGAGACAAGGCUGCCAACGGGGAGAGCUCCCAGCCCAAACCAACACCCUCCAGCCCUCUCUGCAUCCUGGGGGGACAGACCGAGGUUUAGGACCUAAACUUGAGGCCACAGCUAGAAAACCAGACCAAAAUCUGGACCUGAACACUCCUGAAUGAGAGCAAUUUCCAAAUCUAACACAAGUUUUACAGAUCAGCAUAACUUCUCUAGGAAACAUAUUUCUUCAAAAUAUUGGCUCCGGCUUACAUGAAGACUUUCAAGUAAGGACAAUAAUCCCCGUUUUUCCUGGAAGAGUUGAUGUCCACCAUAAUUUCGAUGCCACAUCACAUGUAUCUUCCAGGAAUCCAAGUCAUGGCGAGUGUGUGGCCUCACAUUACACUCAAGAACAACUGGUACUUCAGCAUCACCACUUCGCCCGUCUGACGACAUGACAACAAAGGGGAGCAAGCUGAGGGCUUUGGCAGAGCAGAGCUGGCUCGCACCUCACGGGCCAUAGACCAGCCUCGUCACGUAGCACUUCUGCGGAGAGGACGGGACGUGGGCCCCGUCCGGAGGCUAAGGCAAGGUGGGGUGGGGGCUGGCAAAGUUGGAGCCGAGUGGGGUGUCCAGCGGUGGGAUGAGCCGCCUUCCAGCUGUGUGCGAUGGCAACGGUCUGCAGUUGCUUAAAGCACCAACCGGUGCGACCCAUGGGGGACCUACUGGACCGAAGCCCUGAUGUAAAGGGAGUUGGAGGGGAUGACCUCCCGAGGUCCCUCCCAGCAUAAAUUAUUCUGUGAUCUAUAGCGGGGCAAGAGGAUUGCCAAAAAUGUAUCAGCAGCUACCAUCGCUUCGCCUAAAACAAAUUGCAAAGCGCUGCUGCAGCUCUGCGUAGCCCCCGGAGCUGUGCUACGCUGUAUGGGUACAGCUGCGUGUGUUUUUCCUCCGGUGAUGACUGCUAAGAGAAGAGCAAACAAAGAAUAGCCCUCUCUGUAAGCAGCGUGGCCAGCGAUGAGCUGCUGUGGAAAACUUCCUCAUGGGGAAAAUCUCUUCCCCUGUUCUCUCAUGACCAUCUUUCUUCCUGUGCUUGUUUUGUUUAUCAUAGAGUCACAGAAUGGUUAGAGUUGGAAGGGACCUUAAAGACCAUCUGGUUCCAACCCCCCUGCCCUGGGCAGGGACACCUCCCACCAGACCAGGUUGCUCCAAGCCCCGUCCAGCCUGGCCUUGAACACCUCCAGGGAUGGGGCAGCCACAGCUUCUCUGGGCAACCUGGGCCAGGGGCUCACCACUCUCACAGUCAGGAAUUUCUUCCUAAUAUCUCAUCUAAAUCUCCCCUCUUCCAGUUUAAAACCAUUCCCCCUCAUCCUAUCACUCCCCUCCCUGAUCCAGAGUCCCUCCCCAGCUCUCCUGUAGCCCCUUUAGGGACUGGAAGGGGCUCUAAGGUCUCACCGGAGCCUUCUGUUCUCCAGGCUGAACAACCCCAACUCUCUCAGCCUGUCCUCACAGCAGAGGGGCUCCAGCCUCUGAUCAUCUUUGUGGCCUCCUCUGGACCCACUCCAACAGGUCCAUGUCCUGCAUGGCUGUUUGCAUCUCUGUAAGCCUGAGAUGAGUUUCUCCUGUGCAGACCCAUGCCCCUGUGAGGACUCCGGUCAUUGAGAGAUCCAUUUGAUUGCGAGGAUUGAUCCGAGCCCUGCCUGGGUCGGAGCAGGGACCCACAAGUGUCUGUUUGCCGGCUGCGCACCUGAGAUGUGCAAAGUGCGGGAUCCCUUCUGCUGCUGGCUCCCUUCUUCUUCUCCUCCUCUCAUCUCCAGAAUAUAGAUAUUAUAGAUUCCUUACCUUCUGAUUUCCCACUCGUGUCUCGCGUGGUCGGACUGCCUGUGGCUGUAGGGAGAGGCGCAGGGAGGACUGGUUUCUCCAUCCAGCCCCGGACAGGGGGAGCGGGCGGCACAGCGGGUAAAGCAAGAGCAGCUGAUGCUGGCGCUUACGGCCGCUGCCCAGCCUGGGUUGCAUCACGAGUCACACCACCGGUUCCAACAGCUUCAGAACAUGAAGAAUGAGGUUGUUCCAUGGUAAAAGGUUUGUAGGAUAAAUAUGAAGAUUAAUGAUAUUUAGCCAGGCAAGUGGUACGUAAUCAUUGGUUUCUCUAACAAAUUUAACUACUUCAUCUCCUUCUCCCUUGCUCACAAGCAAAUCAUUCUUUGUUUCAAAUAUAUUUGUUUUAUUAUUCCCUCAAAAAUUAUUGUAUUCUUUCUUGUGAAGUUUUUGCAAAUGGCUGUUUCUGAUCACUUGACACCUAUGCCGUGCUGCUCAGUUUUUACUGCCCAAGCGUCUAUUCCUGUGCCCAGAGGGCAGGAUCGUACCUUCUGGAGUCGGAUGACAAACAGCAGCGCUGUCCCACAAACCUCCUUAUUAGAUUGUUGUUUCCUCCCCAGUGCUAAACUGCCCGUGCUUGAAAAUUCAAAUUAAAAUUUUGAACAUUUUUGCUGUGUUUACUAAGUCUCAAAUGGAUCACAUUCGCAAAACCAACUGAGCAACGAUUUCCAAGGAAGCGCUGCAGGAGUGUGGCGGUGAGGCUGGCCGGGCCGUAAGCUCUCCCAGCCCUGUGCGCUUCCACGGGGCCAUUAGUAGCUCCUCUUGACGGUAUUUCCUAGAAACAAGAACCAUAGGUUGUACACUGAAACUGCCUUCCCAGGGCUUGUUUAUGAGAGCUGAGCCCAGUUCUGGGAAGUUUUCCAAGGAAAUUUUACCCUACAAUUCCCUCCCGCCUCCCCGAACAAAGCAUUCCCCAGCGUGUUUGACAGGAACAGAAUAAAACAGGCGAUGAAUGCUUAGGUAUUGCAUACAAGCAUCACAUGCAGCGUGGGUAUAAAUGGAAUAAGCUGGACAUCAUUUUUCCAGCUUUUCCGAUUCCAAGCUCAGCAGCCCACGGGAAUAACCUUGCCUGCUUCUUGUUGACAAGUCGUCUAAUUCAUCUCGAUGCUGGUGACUAAUACUCCUCGGGUAAAAUCCUUGGCCCCACCGAGGUCAACCGCGAAGCUCCUAUUAACUCCAAUAGGGCCAGGACUUUACUCGGAUCAUUGCCGGCCGUGGUGGUACCUUUACAGCUUCCUGCAGCCACUGGGCUCGUCCAGCUGCAGAAACACAGACCCUUCCCUCCCCACCCCCAUGGACAAACCUCAGCCACCAGGUUUGUGAGCGAGGAGCGUCUUGGUGAGAAAAGCUGCUUCUCUCCCUCCUACCGGCACCGAGCAUCACCCACAGCUUCAGCAAUGUGCAGCCACCCCGUGGGAUGCGGUCACCCCGCGACGUCGCUUCUCGUGCUGCGGGGCAGUGAUGGUGCUCCCGACGGCUCUUCCUGCUGAAAUGGCAAGGGGAAGCAGGAAAUAAACAAAUCUUAGGGGUUUCGCUUGGUUUCUUUUCAGAGAAACACGCCUGCACCAGUUAGGAAGUAUUUGUAUUGCACCUGUGAAGGAACUGGACAUUGAUUAAUUAGAUGUCAAAUUACAGCAACGUUGAGUUGGCUCAAUUAUACCAUAAAUCUCACUGUUGUCUAAUUAGGUGAAGAAAGAAGAAAAAUCAGACUUGAUUCAUUUGACUGCUUCACUGAAAUGACCUGGCGCUUUCUAAAUUUUCCGUGUGGGGGUUGGUGGUGUCAGGACCUGGAUGUCCCCGGCCAGCCCCACCUGGGACCCCCACCCGGGACCCCCACCCCUGCCCCUGACCUGUACCCCAGCCCGGGCCGGGGCCUCCGUCCUGCCCCAGCGAUGCUGUAGGAGCCCAUCCCGGCACCGCCGGGGGAUGCCCUGGCCCCAGGGAACCCUGACAGGUUUCACACAACCUCAGGAGACCAAAAGAUUUUGAUUUAUUUGCUUCUAUAAAUGCGGAUACUCUAAUAUAACUGCCCUGCCCGUCUUCUGUGGAUAUAAGGCAUUUGAAAGGUAAUCCUGGCAUUUAAUUUACUGCAACUUUUAGUACACGCUGAAAUCACUUGGCUUUUUUGGGACAGAAGUACCGAUUUAACAGACGUUUAAGCAAUAGCUGUUGUCUAAGAGCCAAGUUUUGUCCACUGAUCUCUGCCCUCCACUCCUGCCCUUCACUUCUUCUGGCUCCUCCUCAACAGGGAAAUCAACCUGGACAUGUGAUUUCUGUCUGUCUUGCGGAUAAAAGCACGGGGGAACUGGAAUCUGAGGGGUCCUUACAAACCAGGCAAUGCUUUUGCUGGCAGUCACCUCAGAGAAGAUUGCUCUUUGAGGUCGGUGGCGUCGCAGCCCACCGCGUCCCCCGCCAGGUGCUGCUGAGCGCCUGCCUCUUCCCUCAUUCAGCUGUGCAGUGCAUGGUUAAACAUCAUCAAAAUAACGUAAUCACAGAAGGGGCAGCAACGCCCCCAGGUUAGGAGCAAAAAGUCCUGUUUUCUAUUUACUGGCAGUUAUUCAUGGAAAAUAUGUGUGUCUGUAACAGGGUCCUUUGUUUUUACUCAUUUUUUGUAAAAGAUAACUUUGUGUUACCACCUAACACUCUUGUCAAUGGCUACAGAUCUGCAUUCAGUGGGAUGACUCUUUAUUUAAGAGUAAACAACAGUAGAAGGCCAUGUGUCACAAGGUGCAAAACAGAUCUGCAACCAGAGGUCCCUGCCUGGUUGUGGUUUGGGGCUUCCAACCCAAGGGAAAACAUUCGUGGCCAGUGGUGGUGUUUUUCCUUUGAAGAACGCAAGUGUGAAGGUCCUUUGCUUCAGCGCAGGUGGUGUUUAGGCAACAGCAGAGCAUGUUUUUCCAGCUGUCCACGGCUGCGCCUCAGUUCUGACAUGCAGAAGCCACUGCCGGGUUUCGGAUGGCCCAGCACCACGCCGAGGGCGGCGCUGAAUCCCGGCCACGCACUCGCACAGCUGCCGGGCUCCACUCAGUUUCCCCUCUACGUGGUCUCGAUUCUGCUCUCUUAGUUAGACCUUAGUGAUGUCUCAUCCCUGUUGCUGAAACAUUCUCAGUUCAGCAUUGGGUUGAAUGUGUUAAGAGUCCUCCCGGUUUAUUUUCCCCGACUCGUUAAGUUUCGUUAAGACCCGCCGUGCUCUCCGAACGUUGGUGCCACUGACGGUCAGUCACUGGGGCAGUGGGGACGGGUGGCGCUGUGUGUGUGCCCCGCUCUCACGCUGCGCCCCAGCAGCCCACCACAGCCGCUCUUCUCUUUUGAAGGGAAGAAGUGAAUCUGAAAUAGAUCAGGAAUUCAGAAGGAAACAAAAAAACAGGGUCCCUUUCAUUCCGGCCAUGCUUUAGCUAGCCUGUCGUUGGCCGCUGGUUCAAUGAAGUCCCUCUGCAUCCCACUGCCCAGCCAGCGAGGGAUCAGGACCAACAUCACCGUCAGAGAAAUGGGGGAAGCACAUUUUCCACCGACACCUACAAGGUACGUCUUUAAAAUGUCGACGACAACCCAAACUCCAAAGAAUCAAAGGCGCUUGCUAAACGCAUGCCAUGUGUGUACGGGACUGUGACUGCGACACUGGCUCCCCGCCGGAGGUCGUGCAGUAUCGGGUUCACUGUGUUUUUGUCAUAUGCCUUGCAGAUCUGGAUCCAGCACGAUAUGUCUCCAGGAUAAUUGGGCCCAGCCAGUUUGAGAUUUCCAUCAGCAGGACAAACAGGACUUCAGAGGAGCUCCACGGUACUCCUGCUCCACGGCUGGGGGGACCAGAGACUAAUCCUGGUGGCACUGCACCAGGCAGAUGCCGUAUGUUAAUAAAAGAGGUAAAUUACCUGUCUAAAAUACCCCAAGACCUCUGACAAACCUAAAUUCUAUCCCCAGUGAGGAUUGCUACGUGGGAGCGGCAAGAAGGGGCCACAGGAGCCGCCUUCAUUUCAUUGCGUCGGCCAAAGUCACUCGGAUGCUACCAGCAUCGGUGGGCGGCAGAAUUGCUGAGAGCCCAGUGCAGGGCACCUGCAACUACCUUCAGCAUGUCUUAUAAUUUAUGGGGACAAAUUACAUGACACUCUUCACUUUGCCAAAUGUACUACCAGCCACUUGCCGUUGCUUCUGCUUCCUGACAGAAUGGCUGAUGCUGCCGGACAGGGAAAUAAAAAAAAAAAAGAUAGUACAUGUUGGACAGCGAGAAACAUUUGUCCUGUGCAAAGUUAUUCCAGCCAGAAUUCAUCACUAGCUUGGUAAAUACCUUGCAGCCCUCCAGAUACUUGUGCGGAUAAACAAAAAGCAGCAAAUUGAAUAGAAGACAAGUAUUCAAAACUCUUUUUUCAAACCGUUUCAGCUCUGUUGAGUGCUUCACAUCUGGCUGUAUCCCGGUCCAUUUAAUCACCAAGGGGAAGGCAUGUGAAAAGCAGUCGCCCUCUUCAAAAAGCGUAUUUCUGCUUUUGGGCUUCCCUCUCUGCUAUCUAUUAGCUCCCCGUACUUGCAGCAGCUCACUUUCUCACUCGCGGCCUCCUGCUGCUCCGAUUGCCUUUGACAAGGGCAAUGCAAUGGGG